AUGGCCUCGGACUACAGCAAAAAGACAAACGCAGAGCUUGUGGAGAUUCUCAAGUCACGCUCGCUCCCUCAUACUGGCAAGAAGGCGGAGUUGGUUGCUCGCCUCCAGGAGGAUGACAACAAGGCCCAGCCUGCGCCAGCUGCCAAAGUAGAUGCAGCUGAGGAUGUGAUUGAUUGGGAGGACGAUGAUGUGCCAUCUACGGAAGCGGGCGCCGCGGCCGUUGCUGCUGGCGGCAAAGGCCCGGUGUCUGACUCCGCCGCCGUUCCAAAGCAGCCAGAUAUCAAUCCCGCCACUACGGAUGAUGCCAAGGUCGAAUCAAAUGGAAAGCCGGCUGCACCUGGCGAGCAAGAAGUGUCGGAGGCUGCGCCCGCCGCGGCAUCGGAGGAGACUAAGACUACCGAGGCGGAGAAACCGGCUCCUGACUACUCGAUCGGUCUUCCCGUUACCGAGUUGGAAGAGGAGGUAAAGAAGCGCAAGGCUCGCGCUGCAAAGUUUGGUAUUACGGAGGACUCCAAGGCUGCAGUUGCGGAAGCUGAGAAGAAACUCGAGCGGGCCAAACGCUUUGGAGCGAGUGUCGAGAGCCAAGGCGUCGCUGAGAUCAGCAAACUGGAUGCUGCUCUCCCUGACGAAAAAUCCCGCAAAAGGGGCCGCAGCGACAAUGAGCAAGGAACGCGAGGAGGCAAGAGACGUGAUUUUAGUGGUCGCAAUCAGUUUCGGCAUCGUGGUCGGGGUGGGAACCGAAACCAAGGCCUGGCUCAAAAAAAUAAGAACAAUAACAGCGGCGGCAGUGGCAGCAAAAAGGAGAAUGGCUUUAGUGAGAAGGACAAAUUGGCCAUGGAGGCGAGGAAGAAGAGAUUUAGCAAUGCGUAA